UCUCUUCCCCUCUAUUUUCAGCAACCCAAAAAAAAAAAAAAAAAAAAGGCGAGAAAGGAAGAGAUCAGAGACAGAGAGAGAGAGAGAGAAAGCGAGAGAAGUAGAGAGAGAGAGUGGAAAUUCCAAUCCGUACGCGUCACGCUUGGAAUGGAAGAAGAAGAAGGAAGAGGCUGCAUUUGAUUUUUCUCGAUGAAGAUUGUUCCCUAAAUCCCACCGUGAGAUUCACGCUUUUGGUUUUUCAGAUCGACGCGCAUGAUAGAUUUCUGAUUUCUGCUUUUUUUUUCACGAUUCGGCAAUUUUUUCUCGCGAUUAUAAGAAAUGAACGGCGGCGGAGAGGGGCUCGCGGCUCCGGCGACAUCUGGAGCGGCGACGGCGACGGCGCCGCUGGACUGGAAGUUUUCUCAGGUUUUCGGAGAACGGACCGCCGGCGAGGAAGUUCAGGAAGUUGAUAUAAUAUCUGCUAUAGAAUUCGAUAGAACUGGGGACCACCUUGCCACUGGAGAUCGUGGAGGGAGGGUGGUGUUAUUUGAAAGAACUGAUGCCAAGGAGAAUGGUGCACAUCGGAAAGAUCUGGAAAGAAUGGAUUAUUCCAUGAGCAAGCAUCCUGAGUUUCGAUAUAAAACUGAGUUCCAGAGUCAUGAACCCGAGUUUGAUUAUCUGAAGAGCUUGGAAAUCGAGGAAAAAAUCAACAAGAUUCGAUGGUGUCAGACAGCUAAUGGCGCACUGUUUCUUCUCUCAACUAAUGACAAAACCAUCAAAUUCUGGAAGGUCCAAGAAAAGAAGGUAAAGAAAUUAUCUGAGAUGAAUGUGGAUCAGUCUAAAUCUUCUGGGAAUGGUCCAGUUGUUGACAGUACGCCAGAAAUUUCCAAACCAUAUCUGGCAAAUGGAGUGUGUAAAGAUAAACCCAUCAGCUUUCCAAGCAAUGAUAGUUCAAUUCCAUCUGGGGGUUUCCCAUCCCUGCGAAUGCCUGUGGUAGUGACCAGUCCUGAGACAAGUCUUCUGGCUAGAUGUCGAAGAGUCUAUGCCCAUGCUCAUGACUAUCAUAUUAAUUCCAUUUCAAAUAAUAGUGAUGGCGAAACUUUUAUAUCAGCCGAUGAUCUGCGAAUUAAUCUAUGGAACUUAGAGAUUAGCAGUCAAAGUUUCAAUAUUGUUGAUGUGAAACCUACAAACAUGGAGGAUCUAACUGAGGUGAUAACUUCAGCAGAAUUCCACCCUACUCACUGUAACACAUUGGCAUACAGUAGCUCAAAAGGCUCAAUUCGUCUUAUUGAUCUGCGGCAGUCAGCUUUAUGUGACAAUCAUAGCAAAUUGUUUGAAGAACAAGAAGCACCCGGUUCAAGAUCUUUUUUCACUGAGAUAAUAGCCUCAAUUUCAGAUAUUAAGUUUGCUAAGAAUGGAAGACAUAUACUUAGCCGUGAUUACAUGACUCUUAAGCUGUGGGACAUCAAUAUGGAUUCUGGCCCAGUUGCGAGUUUCCAGGUUCAUGAAUAUCUAAGACCUAAGCUGUGUGAUUUGUAUGAAAACGAUUCUAUCUUUGAUAAAUUUGAGUGCUGUCUAAGUGGAGAUGGAGUUCGAGUGGCAACAGGUUCUUACAGCAAUCUGUUUCGAGUGUUUGGUUGUUCUGAAGGGAGCACAGAAGCAACGACAUUGGAGGCCAGCAAAAACCCCAUGAGGAGACAAGUCCAAACACCAUCAAGGCCUGCUAGAUCUUUGGGUAAUCUUCCUCGUGUUCUGAGGCGUGGUGCGGAUAAUUCUGGAGCUGAUACAAAUGGAAAUGGUUUUGAUUUCACCACAAAGUUGCUACAUCUUGCAUGGCAUCCUACUGAGAAUUCACUUGCAUGUGCUGCUUCAAAUAGCCUUUACAUGUAUUACGCGUAAAAAUGGUAUGGGAAGUUGUACUUAUUGGCAAGCAAGGCUCUUCUGAUUGCUAUUGACAAAGGUUGACAAAGGCUGCUUUGCCUUCUUUCCCAGCUAGCGAUGUGAAGCUGCAUCCUUAUAACCUCUGCAAACCAUUACCUAACUGUGCGACAUCAGGAAACCUUUCUGCUGAUACAAAUUUUUUCAACAAGAAGAAAUUAGUCUCAAAUUCAGGCGCGACAUUGCUGUUUAUGCUAUAUCAUAAAGCGGAUGGUUUGUCCAAAUUAUGUACCAUUAGUGGAAGAGAUGUGAUAUUAGCUCACCUGCCUACUGUGAAAGAGAACUGGGUUGUUAUUGCUGCUACAGUGGAAAGCAGUCAGGUCCUAUCCUGAAGCUGAGACAGUUGUGUUGCAUCAAUUCUCAUUGAUACCUGGGCCUCCAACCUUGUAAUAUUUGAAUUAGAGUUAAAAAGGCUUGUGAAAUUCAUCCCCGAUGUUUUUUCUUCUAACCAUUCUUUCCCCUUUCGGAAUCUGCUGAUUUUCUAAGAUCUUUAGCAAGUAUUCGUACCUUUGGAUUGAAGGCCCCCAUGCAAUUCUUUCAACAGUUUCACUUGGAACCACAAUUUUGUGGGUCUCGAUUCAUCUGGUUUUCCGGUGUUUAUUGUUUAGGUUAUGUUUCUGCUGUACUCAACUGAUCAUCUCCAUAAAAAGGAGGGUCAUAAUAUUGAAGCAUGUAGUACUAAACUAUUAGACUACUAUUGUUGAAUUA